AUGUCAUCCACCUCUCUGCCCGUCUUCAACUUCGACUUCACCUCGACGCCCUCGACCUCGCACCACCCACACCAACACCGGCCCGCCGUGUCCUCGCCUCUCUCCAGCAGCUCGCCCAUCCGCGUAUCGCAGUCCUCGCCACCGCUUUCGCCGCGCGACCCCAACACCCUGGCUCCCCGGCGCGACUUCAACUCGUCCCCCAUCCAGCCGUCCUCGUCGGCCGCCUCGAGCAAGCUGUUCAAGUUCGCCGGCCGCGACGCCAAGAAGAACCCCCUGAGGCAGAGCCGCGAGACCGCCCAGGAGAGCAAGCGCAGGCUGUUCCUGAAGGGCGUGAGGCAGCGCGCCGACGACAAGGCCUGGGAGCGCAGGGGUGGCGAUCAGGAGGUCUUGAAGCUCGAAUGGUCUGCCCUCGACCGCAGGCGGCGGCAACUGAAGGACUCGGACAUCGACGGGUUCGUGUUUGAGGACGAGCUGGAGGAUAUCCCGGAGAUGCCGGGUGCCUACGUCCAGGAUGAGCCUAUGGACCACGACAUGAUGGUCGACUCGCAUGCGCAGGACGAGGAGGCAGAGCUGGAGGCCAUGCUCUCCGCCUUCGAGUCACAAUCAUCGAGGCCUCCCGUGCGGCCAGACUCGCCGUCGCUGUCCGACGAGGACGACUACGACAGCUUGUUCAUGGACUUCUUGACGCAGCAGGACGAGCCGCGGAAUGGUCAGGAUAUUGUUUUGUCGGGGCAGAUGGACAUGUCAUGA